GGGCUGGCCCUGCCAGGCGCUUGGGCUGCCCUGGAAGCUAGUCCCGAGCGGAGGGCUCUAUUGUUAUUUAUUGUGCGGCUGUUGCACGCUGUGCCUGCUGCCCAGGCUCGGCGCAUGGGGCUUGCCCGGCUAGAGUACAGGGAGGGACGGGCAGGCAGACUCACCCGCGCUGGGGGGAGCCCGUAGUGGGCACCGACAGGCCGUCUCCAGCGGAGCCCAAAGUUUUGCCUGCCGGAGCAGCAGCAGCAUUUGCUGAGGAGCUGUGUACUGGCGAUCAUUCACUCAGAGCCUUUCUCACUGCUAUCUCUCGUCAAUCUCCUGAGAACCACUUUCUGAGUGAUUCCUGCUUCCGAACAUGUUUCCCAUGGUAGGGGUUUUGAUCCCUUGCCAGAUUUGCCCUGAGCCAUGAGUGAAUAUGUGUAAUGCCCACAAGUAAAACUGGGUAAGAAGAGUGACCUUUUUGGGUGGCUGUAACUGAAGAUUGCUUUGCAGAAGCAACUAAAGUAGGAUGAAAUUCAUGGAGUUCAAGCAAAUAUUGCAAUCUAUGGCUGUUCCUGUGGUUUAUGUCAGCAACAUGGUUUUUGAGUCAUGAUGCAAGAAUCUGGGAUUGAGACAAAAAGUAACGGUUCAGCUAUUCAGAAUGGAGCAAGCAGUGGCAGCCAUUUACUAGAGUGCAGUCUACGGGAAGUGAGAUCCAACGGUGAGACACCUUCAGUUGAAAUUGGGGCUGCAGAUUUAGCACAUCUUCAGCAACAGCAGGCUCUGCAGGUGGCACGACAGUUUCUACUGCAGCAACAGCAGCAGCAGCAAGUUAGUGGAUUAAAGUCACCCAAGAGGAAUGACAAACAACCAGCCCUUCAGGUCCCAGUGUCAGUGGCUAUGAUGACACCUCAAGUUAUCACUCCCCAACAAAUGCAGCAGAUCCUCCAGCAACAAGUGCUAACUCCCCAGCAACUCCAGGUCCUGCUCCAGCAGCAGCAGGCACUCAUGCUUCAACAGCAGCAGCUUCAGGAGUUUUAUAAGAAACAACAGGAACAGUUGCAGCUUCAACUUUUACAGCAACAACAUGCUGGAAAACAGCCUAAAGAGCCACAGCAACAGCAAGUGGCUACACAACAGUUGGCCUUUCAGCAGCAGCUCUUACAGAUGCAACAACUGCAGCAACAGCAUCUCCUGUCUUUGCAGCGUCAAGGUCUGCUAACAAUCCAGCCUGGCCAGGCUACCCUGCCUUUGCAGCCUCUUGCUCAAGCAUUUGCUGCCUUCCACUUCCAAACUGAACGUUACCCUCAUACAUUGAAAGGCAUGAUUCCAACAGAACUGCAGCAGCUCUGGAAAGAAGUGACAACCUCUCAUACAGCAGAGGAAAUAGCAAGCAACAACCACAGCAGUUUGGAUCUGUCCACCACAUGUGUCUCCUCUUCAGCACCUUCUAAGACCUCCUUAAUAAUAAACCCACAUGCCUCAACUAAUGGACAGCUAUCGGUCCACACUCCUAAAAGGGAGAGUUUAUCCCAUGAGGAGCACUCACAUAGCCAUCCGCUCUAUGGACAUGGUGUAUGCAAAUGGCCAGGUUGUGAAGCAGUUUGUGAAGACUUCCAAUCAUUUCUAAAACAUCUCAACAAUGAGCAUGCGCUGGAUGAUAGAAGUACAGCCCAAUGUAGAGUACAAAUGCAGGUUGUUCAGCAGUUAGAGCUACAGCUUGCAAAAGACAAAGAGCGCCUGCAAGCUAUGAUGACACACCUGCAUGUGAAGUCAACUGAACCAAAAGCCACCCCUCAGCCUCUGAAUCUGGUAUCAAGUGUCACACUGUCAAAGACUGCCUCUGAGGCGUCUCCACAGAGCUUACCUCAUACUCCGACCACCCCAACUACACCCAUCACUCCUGUCAUCCAGGGUCCUUCUGUCAUCACUACCACCAGCAUGCACAACGUUGAACCAAUCAGGAGGCGGUGCCCUAAUAAAUACAAUGUGGCCAUUUCUUCAGCAGAUCUUGCUCAGAACCAAGAAUUUUAUAAGAACGCAGAGGUUAGACCACCAUUCACGUAUGCAUCUUUAAUUAGGCAGGCUAUCCUCGAAUCUCCAGAAAAGCAACUAACACUAAAUGAAAUCUACAACUGGUUCACACGAAUGUUUGCUUACUUCAGACGCAAUGCAGCAACGUGGAAGAAUGCAGUGCGUCAUAAUCUUAGUCUUCACAAGUGUUUUGUGCGAGUAGAAAACGUUAAAGGGGCAGUAUGGACAGUGGAUGAACUAGAGUUCCAAAAACGAAGGCCACAAAAGAUCAGUGGUAACCCUUCUCUUAUUAAAAACAUACAGACCAGCCACACCUACUGCACACCUCUCAAUGCUGCUUUACAGGCUUCAAUGGCUGAUAACAGUAUACCUCUAUACACUACUGCUUCCAUGGGAAAUCCCACUCUGGGCAAUUUAGCCAGUGCUAUGAGGGAAGAUCUUAAUGGUGCAAUGGAGCAUACGAACAGUAAUGAGAGUGACAGUAGUCCAGGACGUUCCCCUAUGCAAGCAAUGCACCCUGUGCAUGUCAAAGAAGAACCGUUGGAUCCGGACGAAAACGAAGGCCCGCUAUCCUUAGUGACAACAGCCAAUCACAGUCCAGAUUUUGAUCAUGACAGAGAUUAUGAAGAUGAACCUGUAAAUGAGGACAUAGAAUGAGUAUGCCUGAUGUCAUUAUCCUGAGAAUGAAGAUUGGAAAAACGCGUCAAAUUUAGCUGUGAAAUCUCUCCAUUAUUGUACAGUCUGGAGGAUUUUCAGUACACUUUGACAACUAUGAAAUAUGUUAACUCUUAGUGCCAUCAAGUAUCCCAUUUGGGAGUAUUUUUGAUUUUUCUACUUUUUGUUGAAAAAAGGAAUUUGUACUCUGUGCAUUGGAUGGACUUGUUUGGUACUUGGGAUUUUCCUCUCUUAUAGUCAACAUCAGUGUUGUAAAUUUGCUAAACUGAUUCACUUACUCACAUUUAGCAGCAGGUUUUGGACUGCAGUCCUGCCAAUUUUGGACACUGAGGACCUCAGACUCUGAGCAUGUACACCUAAACUGCAGAUCAAGCCUUUGCCCAGAUUUUAAGGAUUCCAAUGGACAACAUAUUUGCACAGUACUGCAUGUUGGUUAUCACUGCCUUUACGCCUUUUUUUUUUUUUUUUUUUUUGCUUCCAUUUGGGAUGGGGAAGGCAUGUGUGCGCGUGCGCACGUGUGUGUGUUUGUGUGUGUGUGUGUGUGUGUGUACUGGCAAGGGGUUACAAGAAAUAUUAUCCCAAACUUUUUAAUGUAUUGCUUUUAUUUCCCCGCCACCACCACUUCUGCUCUACCAUUUUAAGUUCUGACCUCAGGCCACAUCUCGGCCCAGGGCCUCUUGAAGGCCUAAUGUUUUCUGUACUUUGUGAUGAAUGUUAAUAGGUGUUUUUAUUAUACGAAGCUGAAUGUCAUUGAAUUGUUUGUAGUUUUUUCCGUCAUUCAUUCCAGUCUCCUUCAGAUGCCACCAUGUUUUCUUUAGCUAUGGAAAACAUUCCAUUUUGGUGUCUGUUUUUUUGAAAAGGUCCCAAAUGCUGCACUGUACACACCGAAGGGGUCGUCCAACAGAGAGAGAGAGAAAAGAAGUACUGUAAGAAUGAGAAUGAAUGACAGAUGAACAUAGAAAUACUGUAGGAAGCAACAUAAAUUCAUUCCACAAAACAGGGUUUUUUUGAUUUUUGGUUUUGGUUUUUUGAUUUUUUUUUUUUUUUUUGGCAGCAAUGGUGAAUGAAUAUUAGUAAAUGCCACAAAAUUGAACAGCACAAAGAAACAUAUGCAGCACCAACAGAAUUCACUUAAUUAGAGAAUGAAUACUACGGUGGCAGGCUCUCAGUUGUUUAACAUGAGUUUUAAUGGGCCAACAAAUCUUUCUGGAAUAUCUAAGAUUACCAAGCUGGAUACCUGUACAUUUAUUAUUUUUCAUUUGCGAAUAGUGGUUGGAAAGAUGACUUCAUUAAACUGUUGUAAUACGUGGCGAUGUUUCUCAGUUAAAUAUCAGUUCAAUGCUUAGUGGCAUUAAUCUGUUCGAAUACAAAUUAGAUUUCAGAUUGAACUUGUUAUGGCAGUUAAUAAGGACUGAGCCCACUAAUGCUAAAGUGUUAAUAAUUUCGACUGUGCAAAUUCUGUACUGCAGUUAAGAUUGUUAUGCAAUAUUACACCAGCCAGUAUCAAAACCUCACAGUAGAAAACAGUAAACAGUGGGAUGGGGGGGGGGGGGCGAGGAAAUAGCACUGGGGCUUGUUUGGUAAAACUGGCAGUGCUUUCAAAGCAAACAUUACAUACAGAAAGCUGUUGUUACAGGUCAGUACACUUCAGUCACCAAACACCUAAACACUUUCAUUCUGCAACCACUUUUCUGUCACUCAUUUAUUUAUGUAGGACUGUAGCUCUUUGUUUAAUUAUUAUUAUUUCAAAAAAAGCCUUUCAGAGCUUAAUUUAUAUUCUUCUUUGUACCUUCCCCCCCCUUAAAAUUACCAAAGAUAUUACACAAAGGUAAAUUAUGUUCUCUAUUAUAUGCUUUAUCUUAUGAAGCCAAAUAUCCUCUUAUUGUUGAUCAAGGGAGGUUGAAGAAUUUAGAGGGAAAUGACAAGAUAUGGGCUAUUGCUAACCUGAAAGAGAAACUGCUCCUUUAUUCUAGUAAAUUUAGCUGGCCAAGCAGAUGACUGAACCAAAGUUACUUUUUAUUCAUAUUCCUUUACAGCAACCAAACCGAAAUUCUGUAAAGAGAAAUUGAUAAGAGCUUUUGAGGUUAAAACUAGGAAACAGUGUUACAGGGGGAGCCAUAAGAAGCGAGCUGGAGAAAGCGAGUGCAGUUAUUUUGCAGAAAAUUGGAGUAUCAAAUAAAGGAGACAGUUUAAUAAAACACAAAAGAGAACAGAAAAGCUCCCACAAUUUUAAUGGACCGCAUAAUAGUAUUCCUAGAAUGGAAAAAAAAAAUAUUUUUUGGGGUCUUUGUUUUUAUAGAUUGUAUGCCACUUUUGUUUAAGGAUUGUGCUAAGAUGACUGCUUUAAUUUUUGGUUUAUCUUGGCACAUUUGCUGAGUUUUGUUUAGUUUUUGAUCAGCGUUUUUCAUACGGAAAUAACACUCCUGUCCACACAUAAGCUUUGGUACAAGACAUUUUAUUGGCAGUUACUUUUCUGAAGCUCAACUCUGCAUUCUGUUUUUAAAUGAGAGAAAAGAAAAGGAAAAAAAGGGCAGUCUGUGGUCAUUUGCAUUUUUUUUUUAAAUUAUAUCCAGGCAGCUUCAUGAUGUGCCGGCAGUAGCCAGAUGGGGAUCAUGAGAAGUGGUCCCUGUGCUUCUAAACUGAGUGGUUUGCUGGUUAGUUCGGUAUUCAAAAGAGGAUAAAAAUCUGGUAGAUUAGUUCAUUCUCAGCAUGUGUAGCUAGACAUGAGUAAAGAUAACAGCAUGAGAAACUGUUAGUACGCAUACCUCAGUUCAAACUGUUAGGGAAUGAGUAAAUAAAAAAUACAUUUCACUCAGUUGCACUUAGUUGUAUGUCUUGCAUGCUUAGUCUAAAGACUGUAGCAAAAUAAAGAAAGAAAAAGAGAAAAAGAAAUAAAAAUUAGAUUUUAACAUUAUCUGGCAGGUGUCACAGCCUUGCAGAAGAACCAACUGAAAAUCUCAGGCUUUACAUCAAGCAAACUUCACUAUGAUUUUUACAGUUCUGAUUCUGUAUCCCUUUGGAUAUACAGUUGCUUCUUUAGGGUGGGGUUUAUUAUGUUGUACAUAUAUAUCCCAAUGUGUCUGUGUGAGCCUUUGUCUUUUUGGGGGGGAGGGAGGGAGAAAAGGGGAAAAGGUCCCUUUUUUUAGAUACCAUUCCUCAAAAGGAAUAAAUGCAUACCUGUUUGUCAAAACACCUUUUGCUUUUGUGCAACUGCUUUAUAUUAACUAUACUAAAAGAAAAUAGCUUUGGAAAAAAAAAAACCUACUGUAUGUAAUGGAAUUGCAGAAUAUGCUGCACAUGUAUUUUAUUUAGUUAUCCUUGCUUUAAGAAUAUUGGAUGACAUUUGCUGACAUCUAGGAGAAAAUCCCUGACCCUUUUUUUUUUUUUUUUGUUUGCUUUUAAAUUGUAACAUAGUUGACAGAUUAUUUUUUUCUCCUAUUAUCAUUGAUUGAAACCUCUUUUGUACAGUUUGUGUUAAGCUGGGGUUUUUUUGUUUGUUUGGGUUUUUUAAAUAUUUUCCCACCCCUUCUGUUAUCUUACCACUGCCAUUUCUGGCUGUCUUAAACAAAGGUUCAUACAUUUGAAAAGUGUUUAAAAAAAAAAAAAAAGAAAGAAAAAAAGUUGUUUUAAAAAUGUUUUUCUCCUGCUGCAGUAAAUAUUUUGCAUGAUGAAUUCCAGGGUCACACUUUCAAAGUUUAUCAGUGAAGUAGUGAUUAAUAAUGGGGCGUGUCAAACUAUUGAACUUUUGUAUAAAGAAAAAAAACUUUACAAGGUGCCAAGAUGUAAAGACAAUUUGUUACAUGUUUUUUUUCUCAAAGAAAAGCGUACAUUAUGAAAGUAGUACCAUGUAUCAGGUAAAUCGCUGUCAGGAAUGAGAGUCAUAGCCUUCCUUGUCCACAAAGAAAAGUUUGUAAAUGUAAAACCUAUUAGGUUUCUGCAUUUGACUAGAAGUGAUAUGAAAAAUCAAGGCUUAUGUAGAACAACGGUGACCACAAAAUAUUACCUUUUUUGAUUGUCGCUUAUGAGAGUUCAAGUAUAAUUUCCCACACUCUUCUUAAACUCAGAUUUUGGGAGAAAGAAUGGGGCAGGGAUUGUGAUUCUACAGAUACUGCAGAUCAUUAGCUAUUUUAUACAUACGUAUGUAUAAAAGUUUUUAAAAAUAAUUUUAAACUGUUGUAGUUUUCAGAUUGCCAACAAGCUACAUUCCUUAUAGCGUGAAGAAUGUGUUCAACUCUUUUGAAAUCUUUGGUACCUUUGGUUAAUGUACUCAGACUGAAUUUUUAGAUGUUUCAGAAAUCACUUAGCGUUCUAGUCUUGAGAGUAAAACUUGCAGUUAUGACUGCAUUUUAAUGGACCCAGAGUAGGUAACAAAAUAUCUUCUACCCAUAAGCCUUGAUGAAAAUGGUACAGUCCAGACUGUUAGCAUGGUGCUUCAUGUGUAUGUGCUGCCAGUAACGAGAUUUUUUUUUGAUAAGGCAUAAAAGAAACUCAUUCCUUACAUCAACUGUAAUUCCAUCAUUCCAUGUCUGUUGAUACAGACAAUAAAAAAUGUUGUGUAGUCAGUACUAAUUACUGACAUUAUAGCAUUCUCAAAUGCAAUAAAAUGCUGGUUGUUCACACUGGUAAUACAA